UGUUCAGAAGGGCUACAGGCUGAUUUGUGCAAGAGCUUCCUAAUGAUGAGCCCAACUCCCAACAGUAUUGUAUCUUCUCUGCAGAGGAGUGGAACGUUUAUCAAUUCUUUAAUCGCUGCUCUGACUAUUGUUGGGCAACAACUGUUCUCCUCUUUCACGUUCAGAUGUCCCUGUCAGGUUGGGAAAAAUUUCUAUUAUGGUUCUGCAUUUCUGGUCAUUCCUGCCUUGAUCCUUCUGGUUGCUGGCUAUGCUCUGAGAAGCCAGAUGUGGACAAUUUCCAGUGAAUACUGCUGCAGCUGUGCCCCUCCACACCGGCGAAUCAGUCCCCUGGAGCGCAAGCUGGCUUGCCUUAGGUUCUUCAGCAUCACUGGGAGAGCGCUCGUUGCUCCAUUAACAUGGCUGGCGGUGACCCUGCUGACAGGCACCUACUACGAAUGUGCAGCAAGUGAAUUCGCAUCUGUGGACCAUUACCCAGUGUUUGACAAUGUCAGUGCCAGCAAACAGAAAGAGAUCCUCGCUGGGUUUCCGUGUUGCAAAUCAGCUCCACCUGACAUGAUCUUGGUAAGAGAUGAGGUAGCUCUUCUGCACAGAUACCACUCACAAAUGCUGGGCUGGAUUUUGAUCACCUUGGCAACCAUCGCUGUUCUGAUCUCCUGCUGUUUGGCGAGGUGCUGCUCUCCCCUCACCUCUCUGCAGCAUUACUACUGGACCAACCACCUCCAUAAUGAGAGGGAGCUCUUUGAACACGCUGCAGAGCAGCACUCCCGCUUCCUCACCGUGCAGCGUCUAAAGAAACUAUUUGGCCUCGUUCCUGGAAAUGAAGAUAUCAAACACAUCCGUAUUCCUUCGUGUCAGGACUGGAGAGAGAUUUCAGCACCCAGUCUUCUCUGCAUGGGUGAUGACUUGCAAGGUCACUAUAGCUUCCUUGGAGACAGGGUGGAUGAAGAUAAUGAGGAAAGCAGAUCAAGAGGUAUUGAAUUAAAACCUUGAUUAUAGCGCCUUUCACAAUUCAGGUUGCUUAACAGGUGCUUUAUUUUUGUGAUGAUGAAGUUUCAGCGCAAUCUCUUCAUCUUUCUCUCUCUCUUCUGUUACUUGUUUACAUAAGUCCAUCCAAAAUGCUAUUUCUAAAAUCAAUUUAUCUGAUAAUUGUGCCAAUCUCUUUUUGAAAUUUCACUGAUGGUCUGGUGAUGCCUAUUUUGGUCUAAUUAAAACAA